AUGGGGAGCCAACCCAGGUCCGGUAUACUCGAUAUAAGGAGUCCCUCUGCUGGCAGAAGGGCGCAGAGUAUAUCCAGCAGUAGUAGCCUGCGCAGUGCUAGUGGUUUGAAGGGGAGGCAAGAGGGGGAGCAAGAGAGAGGAGAAGAAGGGAGAGAGGGAAAAGAGGGAGAGGAGGGAGAGGAGGGGAGGAAGGGAAGGCAGGUGGUAAGGAAAGGAGGAGAAGGAGGAGGAAGUGCAGCAGGAAGCAGCUCGACUCCUGAUCAUGGCCCUAGGACCAAUUGGAUGCCUCCACGUGGCAGCCAGAAGAGCCUCAGCAGCCUGACGGAGGAUGGUGACGUGGCAGGGGCGGUGAGUGUGGGUGGGGGGAAGGGGGAGGGCGGGGAGGACGAUUGGAGUUACUACUUUGGGGAGGAGGAGACGUCUGUUCAUGGUAAGACUCAAUCGCGAGUGACUGGAAUCACCUCUCCCAAAGGGGGAUACAGCAGGGGUGGAGAUGAUGACGAUGAGGAUGAGUGUGGGGAGGAGGAAGAGGAGGAGGAUGGGGAGGAGCGGGAGGAGGAAGGCGAUGGGGCAGGAGACGAAGCAACGGAGCAAGCCCAUGCAGGGGGAGCAGCAGCAGCGAGGGGGGAGGUAUAUCUGGGGGAGGACCAUUCAUUCGGGCAGGCGCUAUCCACUUUAGACUUCUGGCUGCUGUAUGGGGGGCUGGUGUGCGGCUUUGGUGCGGGGCUGACAGCCAUCACGAACCUGGCGCAGAUCGGCGAGGCACAGGGGUACGGCAAUGCGCAGGUGCUCACAUCCCUCGUCAGCAUCUGGCAGUUCCUUGGGCGGCUGGCCAGUGGAUCGCUGUCGGAGCAUUUUGUCAGAGCCCACGGCAUGCCACGCCCCAUGGCCCUGGCGGCCAUUCAGCUGCUCAUGGCAGUGGGGCACCUCGCCUUCGCCCUGGCCCCACCAGGAGGCGUGUACCUGGGAUCGCUGCUCAUAGGCUUCACAUACGGGGGCCUGUGCUCCGUCAUGCCUGUCAUCGCAGCAGAGCUCUUCGGCCGUCGCUGCCUCGGCCUGCUCUACAACUCCCUUCUCGCCGCCGCCCCCCUUGGCUCCUACCUCUUCUCAGGAGUGCUGGCGGGGUACCUCUAUGAAAUAGAGGCACAGAAAGACAGAGGGAUCACAGCAGCCCUAGCGGGGGCAGCAUCGUGGCUAACACCCGGGGGAGAUGCAGUGAGGACUGGAGGGGGGGGUGGAGGAGGAGAGGGGCCCAAGGCAUGUCACGGGGCGCACUGCUUCCGCAUCAUCUUCCUCAUCCUCACCGCCGUCUGUGUGCUGGGCGCUGCUGUCAACCUGCUCGUUGCCUCGCGCACCGCCCGCGUGUACGGGCUCAUGCGACACAGCGAGGGGGGCACAGAGGAGGCGGAUGAAGCAGAGGGUAAAGAGGAUGCUAGGUAG